CAUACAAUUUGAAAGUUACCAAAUCCAAACCCUAGCUCAACCCCAAAAAAGCUCAUUCGCUACAACAUCGACGGCGAGAAUGCUGAGGCUGGUGGCUAAUAGGCUGCUCGGGACAGCGUCACGGGACGCCCCAUCGCGUCCCCUUCAAUUUCUACCGCGUUUUUACCACGAGAAUGUCAUCGAUCACUACAACAAUCCUCGUAACGUCGGCUCCUUCGAUAAGAACGACCCCAGCGUCGUUACUGGGCUGGUUGGAGCUCCGGCUUGUGGCGAUGUUAUGAAGCUUCAAAUCAAAAUCGAGGAGGAAUCAGGGAAAAUCGUCGAUGCUUGCUUUAAAACCUUCGGCUGUGGGUCGGCUAUUGUGUCUUCUUCUGUCGCCACUGAAUGGGUGAAAGGGAAAAGUAUGGACGAAGUGCUUAGCAUUAAGAACACGGAGAUCGCAAAACAUCUUUCACUUCCACCAGUUAAGCUGCUCCGCAGUAUGCUUGCAGAUGAUGCAAUUAAGGCAGCUGUGAAAGAUGCGGAAGCUAAACGUGCCCAAAUGAAUGGUCGUUCGAAGGCUGCUGAUGUGUAAGUUGAUAAAUAAUGACAAAACGGACCCCGGGGGAAAAAUUCUACUGGUCCAAGAGGUGUGUAUGGUCAAUGGUAAAACUAUGUAACUACAGAAUAAGGCGUUGGCUCUGUCCAGAUCCACACAGGAUCGUUAUUGAUAAUAUUAGCUCUCUAAUGAAGUUCUUAUACACAUUGCUUGCACCUCCUUGACGUUGUGCAAUUUACCG